UUCCAAAAACAUAUUUUUCAACAAAAAGUAUUGCAAAAAUACUAGUAUAGAUAUGUAACAUGCAAGAUUCUCUCCUUUAUAAAGCAACACAGAAGAGAAGGAAAUAUCCAUAGUGAAAGUGAGAGCUAAGAUAAGAAAAAUGUCGAAAGAAGUGAGUGAAGAAGGAAGACAUGGCAAAGACUACGUGGAUCCACCUCCAGCUCCGCUUCUAGACAUGGCUGAGCUUAAGUUCUGGUCUUUCUACCGAGCUAUCAUCGCGGAGUUCAUCGCCACUCUCCUCUUCCUGUACGUAACCGUAGCUACAGUCAUUGGCCACAAGAACCAAACCGGUCCUUGUAAUGGCGUUGGUUUACUCGGUAUUGCAUGGGCCUUUGGUGGCAUGAUCUUCGUCCUCGUCUAUUGUACCGCCGGUAUCUCCGGAGGUCACAUUAACCCAGCUGUGACGUUUGGUUUGUUCUUGGCUCGUAAAGUGUCGCUCCUUAGAGCGGUUGCGUACAUGGUGGCUCAGUGUCUUGGAGCCAUUUGUGGAGUUGGACUCGUUAAAGCCUUCAUGAUGACUCCAUACAAACGUCACGGAGGCGGAGCUAACGCUGUCGCUCAUGGUUAUAGCACCGGAACUGCUCUUGGUGCUGAGAUUAUUGGCACAUUCGUCUUGGUUUACACUGUCUUCUCCGCCACCGACCCCAAAAGAAGCGCUCGUGACUCCCACGUCCCGGUUUUGGCACCGUUACCGAUUGGGUUUGCUGUGUUCAUGGUGCAUUUGGCUACUAUCCCCAUUACUGGAACUGGGAUUAAUCCAGCUAGAAGCUUUGGUGCUGCUGUUAUCUACAACGAUGACAAAGCUUGGAACGACCAUUGGAUCUUCUGGGUUGGACCGUUCGUGGGAGCAUUAGCAGCAGCAGCAUACCAUCAAUACAUCUUGAGAGCUGCAGCAAUCAAAGCCUUGGCUUCAUUCCGCAGCAACCCAACCAAUUGAUGCAUGCAUGAGAGACUUCUUAGAAACUAUCGAAAUUUGUUUUAUGUGUGUUUAGUGAGAGCAAUUUGUGUGUGUUUUAACUUUUAAUUUGGUGUAAUGUUUUUCUUUUUAAGGAUUUAUUCAUUUUCAAUAGUUAAGUUUGGUUUAAUUCAUCUUUGUAUCGUUGGUUUAUUUCAUGUAGGACAUCUUAUGAUUCACUUUACAUUGUAGUCCGAAUUAAAACAUUCCUUGGUGUUUUUGUCUUA